GUACCUAUGUACGCCGUUAGUGUGUACACACACACACACACACACACACACAACAGCAAUUGCGUACAUUAAACCAAACAUAAUCGCACAAAAGGGCAUUCAAGUGCUGCAGUAAAAAAUAACAAUUUUCUAUAGAAGCCAUUUCAUUGGUGACAGAAAUAUAAAGAGACAGCAAUAACAACCCGAGGGACGACUCAGCAUUAGUCUUAACUGGAUCAAGAUAAAAUAAGGUCCUUUGUGAAGCAUUUUGAUAAAACCUGGUGCAGAAUAAAGAAAAUAUUCCAAAAUAACUGGCUAGCUUUUGCAAUGUUAAAGAUGUUUGCUUUAGCAGUUCUGUUUGGGAUAUUGUUUCACAAUGUUUCUGCAACUAUUAAUCUGCAAAUGAAAUAUACUGAGCAUGUACAAGAUAUAGCAAAAUUUGAGGAAGAGGAACGUCCUCGUAUGUUGUACUAUGUUCUCUAUACAGAUACUGAAACACAAAAGUUCUUGGUAAAAUAUGAUUUGGCAGCAAAUGUCUUACUGAAAUACAAUUUCAAAGUUGGCAUUGUGAACUGUUCAAAUAUUCAAGCUGAGAAAUGUCAAGAUAACAAAGUUGAUUACAAUGUCUACAUAUACAAUGAAAAUGAUGUUAAACGUAUACCAACAAGUGCUGUGUCGAACAUGAACUCAUUAGUUUCAGCAGGGCUGAAGAUGUUACUGAAACAGAAAUUGCAUAAAAUCCGUACCAAAGAUGAACGUAUCAACAUUAUUGUAAGAUGUCAGGACUUAAAAAAUGUUGUUUUGGGGUAUUUCUUAUAUCCGGAUUCAAUUGAACAAAGAACAUUUUUGGAAGCUGCAUAUCAAAAUAAUGGUACAGAAGAAUUUAUCUUGACAAACAGUAUACAAGUAGUUAGUGAUUUGAAGGAGUCAUCUACUCAAAAUAAAAGAAGACUUGUUUGGCUACUUCAUUGUAAAUCUUACAACUUGUGGUCAGGAUUGAAAAUCAAAGGAGAUUGCUAUGAUGAAAUAUUUCAACAAAAUAUUGAAGUUCCUUCCAUCUUAAAAGCAAUCCAAAAGAUGGACAUUGAUGAUAAUGCAAUUGAGACUAAGUUAGCAGAACAAAAGGAUUCUUCUGAAAGAGUAAUAUCCUCACAUUUUGAUCGAAAAUAUUCUGUUGAUCAUGAUGAAGUAACGGAAGUUGUAUUUGGCUCCAAAUAUUAUCUCAGUAAACCAUUUAAGAUUACUUCACUCACUGAAGAAACCCUGCCUGAUAUUGAAAAUUCUUCAACGUAUACAUUGAUCGUUUUUCUCUCCAAAUAUGACCCAGUUGGUAUAGCAUUUGUACGUCUUCUGGAACAAUGGCAGUCUCAGUUUGGUGAAAACUACCCCAAUCUUUCUAGUGCCAUGGUCGACUGCUUACACCUGGAUGAGGAGUGCAAUCGAUACAACUUUACGCACAGUCCAACAAUCAAACUGCUUGGAAAACCACCUGGCAAAGAUGGUCAAGACUUGAUAAUUGAUUAUACUGGAGUUCUAAAUGCCAAAAGUGCCAUGAAAUUUUUAUACCUUCAUUCUCUGGAAGAUGUAAUCCAAGCAACUAAAGAAGACAUCAAUAAUAUUCUAGAUGGAUCAUUUCAAAGUGCAAUCAACCUAACAUCCAUCUGUAUCCUUGGAUUGUUUCCUGAACAAAGCACUGAAAUCAAGGAAUUCUAUAAAGUUGCCAAAGCAGAAAAAGGGACAGCAUUGUUUAUUCUACUCACUGGUUCUGAUGCAGCUUAUUUUGGCCAUCUACAACAAGUAGCUGUACCUUCUGUGUUGACUCUCAAGUGGACAAACCAAGAUCUGUUAAUCAACAAAAUGGUUGACCAGUUUUCUGUACCAGCAAUGACAACAUUUGUGAAAAAUUCUUAUAAAUCUCAUUUUAUGGAACUUUUUCCAGACAUUUUGCCCAAGAUCCUACAAUCUGGGCAGCCACUUGUAAUUCUGUUUAUAAAAUCUAUGGAGGAAGAAUCCUAUUCAAAUAUUCAGCAGUUGUCUAUGUCUAAGCUUGGUCAAGAUAUGAUUUUCACUUGGAUAAAUGUAACUGCUCUCAACAAUUUUGGAACUGAAUUACUGGAAACAUAUUUUGAAAAUCCAUCUACACCAGCAUUAUCUGUUGUGUAUUUUUCAGAGAAUAUGGUUUAUAAUUAUGAAGACCGUUACAUAACAGUGGAUUCUGUAAGAAAAUGGUUUGAUGAACUGAGAAACCAAAGACAUUCCAUGCAACCUUCUUAUAAAAUGCAACAUGCUGAAAUGGGAUUACCAAGAAGAGAAAAUAUUAAAUUUUUGAAGAACAACCAAUUUCAAUUCACAGAAUUCAAGUCAAAGGAAUCAAUAUCACCCUCAUCAAUGGGUUCCAUUUCAAAGGAAGAACUCUGACCACACCAAGAUAAGUUUGAAGAAUGGAAUAUUCAACUUAGGAAUAGAAUUAAACAAAUAUUCUCAUAGUAUGAGAAAAAAAGUUGUUAUUUUUACAUCUUAAUAAACUAAAUGAAAAUCUUAGUUUUACUGUUAAGCAAUAAAAAAAAUUAUUAAAAUUCUUAUAUAAAUCUCUCA